AAACGCAAACGCAAGUAGAAGCGAAUAAUUUAACCAGUUUGUCGCAGAAAAACAAACAAAUCAUUCCUGAAAUGUUUGUUUUUUUAAUUAAAUCUUUUUAGAGUUUUUAUUUGAAACAGAAAAUACUAAUGAUAAAAAAAAACCUGCUACUUCCGGUAAAUCUCUUUUGGCUUCAUGUACAAAUCAAAACCUCGGAAAUUUGAAAGUAAUGAUUAAAAAGGGCGCAGUCGUCCCUGAAGCUAUCAUGGCAGCGGUCGCCUAGCAACAAGAACACAUUCCUUGUUUUCCGCUAGAAUUCCCAUUUGACCGGUGCUGUCUGAGGUUGUUCGGCAUGUUUGGGAGCAUGGAUCCACCAGAAAAUGUUUAUGCUCUUAUUCCCAAGGAGGAACAGCAAAUUCAGAAACCACCCAGGUAUGUGUCCAGUUUUCACCCGGCUGUGGUUUCUGAGAACAAGCUGAUCAAGGACGUCAUGAGGACGAUGGGACCUGCCAAGGUGGAGCUUCCCUCUCCAGAUAAGUACCUGAAGAAGCACUGCAAGGAGCUCCAGCUGCCAGAGCAGUCACACGGUUCCAAAGGCGUCAGUCGAGCCUGUGCUUUGACUCAGAGGAGGCCGCCCGUCCCUGCGAGGACCGACCGGCCCCCGAUGGGUCAGACCAAGGGCGGCUUCAUCAAGCCGGCUGUGACGGCGCCGUUGAAGCCCACGCCUGUGUCUGUGGAUUCACACAAAGGACACAAACAGCUUCUGGAAACAUCUGGGCUCGUCCCCAAAUACGUCACGAAAAAGGAUUAUGGGGAAGUGCCUGCGUACCUGCAGCGGCGCAGUGAGGCGCAGUGGAGGUCUCAGGAGGAGCACGCCAGAGUGGAGAAGGAGCAGGAGGAGCAGGAGGCCAUGCAGCAACUGACGGAGGAAGAGCGGCAAGCCGCCCUGCAGCAUCUGAAGAAGAAGUGGGACGCUCUGCACGAGGAGUACCAGCGCCUCCCUCUCAUCAUCGAGACCAUGUCGAAGAAAGCCUUCAAGAAAAGUCUGGAAGAUGCCAUGAAUCAGCUGGACAAGGACAUUUGCCUCUUGGAGAAGUUCCCCAUCAUCUACAUCACCAAGAAUUAGUCUGCAUGUCUUCAACCGCCUCCUCCGGAAACUCAUGAUUCUUUUUUUCCUGCAGGUUUUUUUGUGAUUCCUAAAGAUACCUGAAUGAUUUUGUGUUUUUUUGUUCAGUAAUUUCCCAAAAAAGGAAUAAAAAAUCAUAUUUAGAACAGAUCAGAACAUCUGAUUCUUUAUAUUUACCAAAUAGUUCCAGUCCAAUUUGAAACUUAAAAUGCAACAUUUCCACAACUCAAAGAUUCAAAGAUGUAAAACAGUUCCGAAACAUUUCAGGACACAAACAACAGCAAAGGAAAUUUGCUCAUCGCUCAUCUCAACUACCAACAGUUAAAGCGUUCAGGAGGAGGAUUGUUCUGCGCUUGGUGGAGGAGUUGAAAGCAUCCUGGAACAGAGGAUACUGCUCUUCAUCCUCAUCAUGAAGCUCCACCCUGAAGUGUGAAAUGUGAACAGCAGAGGCCACGGGAUGAUGAAUAAUUAAAAAACGUGAUCACACGAUCACCUGUGAGCGAGCUCAGAAAUCUUUGACUUUAUGUACAGUUUCCUGCAAAACCUUUAGAACAAAAUCCCUAAAGUUGAACCGAUCCACUCAGAAACUCAAAGAGCUUCCUCUGAACCAAACGUGUUGCAUCUUCUGUUGUCAUGGCAACACUUGUGUCACCUGUCUCCAUCCAACGGACGUUUAACUGUUUGAUUCUAAAAACAAAUAAACUCACGUUUCACUCAU